UUUCAGUUUUCAUUUCCUCAUAAUUAUGAAUAAUGCAGAUUAAGCUAAAGGGUAGGAAUGCAUGACGUCAGAGAUUUGACUGCGUUAGCAUGGGAGGAAACAUUGCAAAAUCACAUAUCUUCGACCGCGUGACAGCGACAAAGCCUUCACAACAACAACAACAACAUCACCAAGUUGGUGACCAACAACAAGUGUACAUCGCUGACUUCGACAUGUUCUCUUUCGAUGCCCUGCCAGACGACAUUUUGGAAACCGUACUCAGUUUUGUUCCUGCCAAACGACUGCUGACGUACAGGAGAGUCGGCAAACGAUGGAGGGACAUAAUUGACGGACAGACAUUGUGGAGAAAUAAAUGUGAAAGAGACAAAGUUCUGACAGAAAACUGGCUCAGGUUCCUCUACUGUGUCCAUGGUGACCACGAACCGAUCAACUACCGUCAGCUUUACUUCUCCUCGCCCUACACCAGAAAUCUCAUCAAAAACCCCUGUGCCAAAGAGAAGUUAAAGUACUGGCAAGUUCGUCAUAAUGGAGGGCAUGGGUUUACCUCAGAGAGAGACCACCCAGGAUCUCAUUCUAUCACGCAGUAUGCGCCCAUUAAAGAGGAUGUGCCUUGUUGGGCAACUUCGUUUGCGUUAUGUCAGAAGACUCAGCUAGUGGAUCUGGUGGCCGAGGGUUGUAGUAUAUCAGUGCUGGAUCGCCUCAGGCCCCCAAUACACAUAUCAGAAUGGCAUUCUGCGAGAUUCGAUUGUGGAGGGGUUUACAGUUUAAAUGUUCAACUUCUUGCAGCUGAUCAUACUGUGAUUGACAAGUUUGAUUUUGAAAUUGACAUACCUGUGCGAAGGAUAUGGGAACAGGUUCAGCACACAUUUACAGGUUAUCCAGCUGGGGUGCGCUUCGUCAGUUUCACCCAUGGAGGAGUGGAUACCAGUUUCUGGGCAGGACAUUAUGGACCAAAAUUCACUUUAUCUACUGUAAAGUUUGGUCUCCCACCAGAGGAACAGCAAAACUGAGUCUGGCCUCCCACCGACAGAACAGCAAAACUGAGUUUGGAAUCCCACCGGAGGAACAGCAAAACUGAUUUUAGGUAUUCUGUACCUGAUAAAAAUUGACACGGAAGCCAAUUGACAUAUGUUGGUUUUGAAUCAGAGACCUUUCAGGUAAAGUCAUAUUUCCACUGCGUCUGCUCUGUUCUUUAAGAUUUCUAUUCAUUUGCAAGUAAUCAAUUUAUGUACUUUAAAGUAGUUAUCUGCUUACAGCCAUAUUUACUGUAUUUGACCUAAUAGUUUGUUCAGACCAAAUUACUCAUUUUUCCUGAUUCUGAGUUGUUUGUUUCAGUAUCUAGUUGGAAGGUAGGAUGAUACAGUUUUCCAGAAGGAUAAGUUUUAAAAGUAAUAUUUUAUGACCUUGUUUGCCUCUGAAAUUUUUGAAUGAAUGUUUAAGGCAAGUACAGUAUUGACAUGUAAUAUAUUAUGCCAUGGUAUCAUGUAAUGGUGGCAGAAUUUGUUUAUGCUAUGCGUUCUUUCAUUUCUACAUGGCAGUAUAGUCCUGUAUUGGAAGUCAUAUCAGAAGUGCAAUCUGUAGCCCUGAUGAUUUUCAUAUGAUUUUACAUAUUUUCAUAUGUAUGGGUCCUGUGGUACAAGUCUAGUCCAUGGGGCAUUCAUAUACAUGUACAUGUAUUGUAGAUAUGCUGUAUAAUGCUGAUACAGUAAGUUUAUACAGGUGGAUCGGGUGUAAAUGAUUUCAUCAUUGUAAACUAAAGAUCUUCUCCACUUCUGAUGCAGCUGGACUGAUUUUUUAAAAUUAUUUUAUGUGAUGGAUGCAUUACACUUAAAGAAAUGACAACGUCAUUCUAAAAGACCCCAAAAAUACACCAUGGUAACUGAAGAGUUCUAAAAACUUAAAGCUUUGGUACUUUCCAUGUACAAUUUGCCUUACACGUAUCUGUUGUUGACAAAUGUCACAUUAUGUAAAGAAGUUCUACUAGAAUGCUGCCAGAAGGUUACAAUAUAAUAUUGCCUUUUUUGUGGCUAUUUAUCUUGGCAGGGUACUGGCAGAAGUCCAUUAUCUAAAAGUAUGCAACUUCACAGUACACGUUACAUCAUCUGUAGAAGCUGGGGCCACCUGGUGGAGAAAUAUGCCAACCUGUUGGGUGGAAAUUGUGAAGUGAAUUAUGGAAAAUCUAAAUGUAAAUUUACAAGAACUGGCCACACCUUGAAGCUGAAAGCCCAUAUUUAAAAGCUUUAAUUUCCCUGAUCAUUGUUGCUAUGCAUUUAAGAUUUAAAUUUAAUAUUUUCAUAUUUCCAAGCAACUAUAGGACAGUUACUAUCAAAGACAAUGUUGUCCUUUAACAAAACUUUCCAUUGUCAUAAGUUUUAAAGUCUGUUUCAACACAACCACAUUUAGAACCCAUGCAUCAGCCAUUUCUUAAACAUUUGCUGCGCAAUAGAGAGAAAGAAAAAUACAUGGCUGCGCAGAUACGUCACAUAAUGUGUUAGAGAUCAAAGAAAAGUGUAAAGUGCAGUGAAGACUAUCUGUAGGAAGUUGCAUACUUCUUGGUAAUGGCCUUUGCGUACCGGUAACAGUAAACACAACUCAUACUGCAACAUCAGUCAACCCUGCAAAUGACGAGACACUUUGUUUGUGUAUGAUCCUAUCAGAAGAGAAAAAUAGGCAAUGAUACGUUGUAAAAUUGUACACCUCAUUGUGAAUUGCUUUAUUACAACACGCAAUGCGAUGAUCCCAAGUACGGCGGGAGAGGCCAGGCUUGUACUCACAGCGACCGCACAGGUGAGAGGCUCCUGAGGCUCAUUGUGCUGAAGCUUUGUAAUUGGGGAGAGGUGUAUGAAUUAGGAAGGCAAUACAGAUUACCUGGAUCUUCAGCAAUUAAUCCUUCUCUAAGAAACACAAAAGUAUAAACACUCUGUGUAUUUGACAUUCCCACAUUUGUCAGUUUAUUCAUCACCACAAUUGUUUGUUAGAGUAUUUCUGAGAUUGGUCACAGUUUUGUUAUCACCACAAUAGAGUAGUUUCGAGUUGGAACUCUUUUGUUGUCAAACGUAAAAACAGUCCUACUGUUUCAUGUGAAUGUUGAAAAUGUUAGGCAGCAUUGUGUUGAAAUUGAUGUAUCACCUGUCCCAGUCGUUUUCAGAGGCACAAAUGAAACCUCUUUCCUGUAGAAACUUCUCAAAUUCACAAACGUUCGGGUUCUCAAUUUUCUUCAUCAUUUGUCUACUCAAAAUUACUUUUUAUGACACUUUCUUUAGAUGCUCAUGUUACAAUGAAUGUGAUCAAAAAUACUUGCCAAACAUUUUUGGCAGGUCACAUGUUGGACUUUUUCUACCUUCAUCGAUAAAAGGGUUCAAACUCGAAACCCCCCUAUUGUUUGUUACAGUAUUUUGGGGAUGUGUCACAGUUUUGUUAUCACCACUCUUGUUUGUUACAGAGUAUUUCAAGUGAAAUGAGACACAUUUUGAUGAAUUGCUAUUUUGCAAGUAAUGUGUUCAAUAUUAUGUCAGUUUUUUUCCCACAUUACCAAUGUUUCAUUCCCCUUGUCAGUAUAACGGUCUCCCAUAAUAGCGAACAAAAGUAAAUACUGAUUCUAGGGGCUGGAAAGUCAGCUAGGACUUAAAUCUGGAUUAAAAUUUAUGUAUUUUAUACAUUAGAAUGAUACUGGCAUCAAUAUACAUGUAACUUUUAACAAUUUCUAAUCAAUUGACCUAUAAUGUUGGAAACAAAGGUUGUUCUACAUGUAUUUGUCCUCUUUGUUUAGCUGUAAAAUAUUCAGCGUUUGUUAUUAUAUUUCAAUAAUAAACUGUGAUGCCAUAAAUUUAA